AUGGGGAAGUUCGUGAGAAUGGGUUGGGGUGAUAGUGCUGGGGAUGGUAUAGGAGUUCGAGGAGAUGAUGCUGGUGAUGGUAUAGGAGUUGGAGGUGGUGUAAGCGAUGACAUUGGAGUUGGACGUGAAAUUAGCGGAGGAGGUGGUACAGGCGGUAAUGGUGGUGACGGAGGUUCAGGUGGUGGAAGUGGGGGUGGUGGGGAAGGAGGAGCUGGCGGCGGUAGUGCUGGUGGUAAUGGAGGCAAUGGUGGUGGAGGAGGUCGUGGUGGCGGUGGUGGUGGACGUGGUGGCCGUGGAGGUGGACGUGGUGGCGGUGGUGGCGGUGAAGGUGGAGAGGGAGGUGUAGGUGGUGGUGGCGGUGGGGGAGGACGCCGUGGUGGACAUGGUCGUAGGAGCCGGAGGAAAAACCGGUAG